AUGGUGCGAUCGCUGCCGAAGAAGAACAACCCGCACGUCCUACCCGACGCGGCACCUGCCUACGAGGAACUCCUCACGCGCCGCCGGCUGGGAAAGACGAACCUUUCAGUGAAACCCACACAGAUUGGCACUUCCAAUGCGACCAAGCCAGAAAACCUUGGCCCAUUUGAAUAUGCCCAUUUGCGCGCUCCUCUGCCCAAGGACUUGAAGGGGUCAGAGAUCUUUCCGUCACACUCUCCCCAACAGCACCCCGAGACAUACUUCCUGAUGAGACGGAGCAAGGAUGGUUUCGUUAGUGCGACUGGAAUGUUCAAGAUUGCUUUCCCGUGGGCCAAGCUGGACGAAGAACGGUCUGAACGCGAAUACCUCAAGACACGCGAAGAAACGAGCGAAGACGAAAUUGCUGGAAAUGUUUGGAUCUCUCCUGUACUAGCUCUUGAGCUCGCCGCGGAAUACAAGAUGUACGACUGGGUCCGCGCCCUGCUUGACCCCGCAGAUAUCAUCCAGAGUCCAUCCAGCGCGAAGAAGCACAUUACACCCCCUCCCAGGUUUGAUCUGCCGCCGAUUCAAGCCCCCGAGGCGCUUGUACCUACAUCCCGUGCCAGAAGCCGGCGAUCCGCGUCACCUAGCAAGAAGGCGGGCACUCCGCGGAAGCCUAGACAAACGAGGGCGCAAAAGGAGGCAUCUGCGGCUGCCACUAGCGCCGCCAACGCGACCCUUCAGAGCGCUUUGGACGACACAGUGUCCAGUGCAGAUGGUGAAGUGAACGGAGAUGUAUUGCCCAGCGUGGAAGAAGAGAAGGAAGAUGUCCAAGUCGAAGUCGCGUCUAUCAAGGAAACGAAAUUGACGCCAAGGGCUCGGAAGACCGCCGCCAGACUGGAGGGUUCCGAUGACAAGGUCAAGAUUGAUAUCAAGUCUGAUGACACUGAAGGCAGCGGUGUCCAGACUGCGCAGACGACAAUUUCCGUCGAGAUGCCCAUCGCGCUACCAGAAGCCCCAUCUGCCGCGGAGACCCAGGAAAUGAUUGCCAAGGCAAAGGAAAUGGUCAAGGAGGCCGUCAAGUUACAGCAGGACCCUGCGGAGUCAUCGGUCGCCGCUAAGAAACGCAAGACUCAGGAGGCAGAGCUUAGUGAUGAAGAGGACGAAGAGACCAAGACUCUGCGGACAAAGAGAGCCAAGGUCCUCGAAGAGAAGCUGAAACGCGAGCGUGUUCGCAACCGCGCCUUGGUCGGUGUGACUGCUGUUUUUGCGCUAGCGGCUUCAAUUCCUUACUUCUUUUAG